ACGUGUUUCUUUCUGAAAAACCCCAAAUAUCGGAAAAAAAUGGCCUUCCCCUUUCAUCACCACCACCGCCGUGACAACGACAAUGAAGACGGCGAGCCUCGUCAUCCUCCACCGGGAUACAGGCCGCUGUACUCCGAUCCACCGCCGCCACUGGUUUCUCACAUCCACCACACGCACUACGGCGAUGCGCCACCGCCUCCUCCGCCGUCUUACGAUGCCUACCAGUCCAAUUUCCCUCCGGAACCGCCGGUUCCCGACUACGGAUACUCCUCCGGACCGCCGCCUCCGGUCGUGCACCACCACUCUCACCAUUCACACUCACCCACGGUUAUUCACCAACACUCUCAUCAAUCCGAUUCUCCCUUCUCCAACAGGCCAACGGUCAAGGUCUACGCCAAAGCAAACCCUAAUUUCUCACUCGCCAUCCGCGACGGCAAAGUUGUCCUCGUCCCUUCCGAUCCCUACGAUCCCGCUCAACACUGGUUUAAAGAUGAGAAAUACAGUACAAGGAUUAAAGAUGAGGAAGGAUGUCCCUGCUUUGCUCUGGUGAACAAGGCCACCGGUCAGGCGCUGAAACAUUCCAUCGGAGCUACUCAUCCGGUUCAGCUGAUACAUUACGAUCCGAAUGUGGUGGACGAGUCGGUACUGUGGACACAGAGCAAGGAAUUUGGUGAAGGGUAUAGAGCAAUAAGGAUGGUGAAUAACAUUCACUUGAAUGUUGAUGCCUUUCAUGGCGAUAAAUUUUCUGGUGGAGUUCAUGAUGGCACCCACAUUGUCCUCUGGAAAUGGAAGGAAGGAGAGAACCAACUAUGGAAGAUCGUUCCCUACUGAGGAUGUGAUGAAAUAAAGGAGGCUUCUAUGCUAUGCUAUGCAAUGGAAUGUAAUGUGAUGUUGAGAAUAAAGGUAUUCUCUUGGUUUUGAGAAAACCAUAUUUAUACUUCAUGACAAUUUCAAGUGUGGGGUAUCAAUAUAUUUGGCUUUUGCUUAGCUUUAGCAACUAGCAUGGAUUUGGAUGGAUUGAUCAACUCUUUUACUUUGCUUUGUGAAUCCAACUCUCAAUCCCCAGGUAUUUUUAUCCCACAUUCCCUUUAUUUCAACCAUGUUAUUGUAAAAAUAUGUAUCUUCUUGUGUUCUAAUGAUAGUGAUGUUAUGCCCCUAUCCUAUUUGAGUACUUUGAUC